AGCGUGGGUACCUCAGCAGUAAGAUACAGAAGCCUUGAAGGCUCAGAAGCGAGCAAGUGUUUUACAGAGUUCAGAGAAAAUUUAGGGGAAAUCAUCUGGCUAACGUUCACGCAUACACCAUGCCGAGUCCUGACCGUGCUCCAGCGGUUUGAGAAAUGCGGUUUUUUUCUUUAAGGGGCGACAGAGUAUUAGAUUUUUUUGGUGUAUUUUUUUGUUCUGGGGUUCAAGGGUCACUGGAUAGAAACAAGUCUGACACGCUCCAGUGCAGUACAGCCGUGGUCACAGUAACAUGGGGACGGCCGUCACCCAAUAAACACGCACGUUUUCUGCAAGUUUUUUUGCAAGUUUGCAGAGCAAACUUUAUCACCACAGUCAUUUUGGACUCCUGUCUCUCUGCAUCCUGCCUAUGCAUGGAGAACUGAGCAGUAAAAAAUGAUUGAGAUGUCCAUAGAGAAAGAACCUGUCUUGACAGGAGAUGGUGCGGCAGCCAUUUUAAUCCCACCACCUUCCCAGAACCUAGCGGGUCCAGUUAAGACUCUGAGUCCGUCCUCUGUGGCGCCGGUCAGUGUUGGCGCUCCGUUAAUGGAUAAUAUGGUGUUAGCAGAAGUGCCCUCCAACUCGGCUUUGACGGAAGAGGCGGGACAUGAGGAGGAAGCCGCAGAGACCAUGCAAGCCAAAGGAACUAAUAAGCUCUUACAGGCGAAAAAUGGUAUACAGUCACAGGCCUGGCCUCAAAAGCUUGGCAAGCGGCGUUACAGCAUGAACGUUGGCUUCAAGCAUCCUGGAUUUAGCAAACGUAGGCGAAGAGCUAACUCUGAGUCUGACCCGGUGCUGCCCAGCAACUUCCUCUUGGGUGGAAAUAUCUUCGACCCUCUGAAUCUCAACAGCCUGUUGGACGAGGAGGUAAACCGAGUGCUGAACGCUGAGACUCCCAAAUCGUCACCUCUUCCAUCGAAAAGCAGGGAGCCUGUCGAGAUCCUGAUUCCCAGAGACAUCACUGACCCUCUAAACCUCAGCGGCAAGGGCGGAAACGCCAACAGAGGCGUCCUGGUGUCACCCGUAAAACGGCGGCGCCAUAGAAACCGGCACCAUGGGGGCAGUGGUGGCCAUCUCGAACCCUCGGGUCCAGAAAAGGGUAAGGGUGCUGAGGAGGAGGGUGUGCUUACUGAACAGCAUUUAGCAGAGGAACUAGUUGAAGGGUCCCCACGCCCUUACGAACUCAACACGUCCAUCAACUGCCGCGACGAAGUGGUUCCACCCAUACUGCCACGCCGCCGUUCAACAAACUCCGCUCCUCAGACAGGGAGUAGCAGCUCCAUCGCUCAGCCUUCCAAACACAGAAAACGGCGGCGAACAGUCAGCCGAUCAGAACGCCUGUCGAUCACACCCACGCCCACGCUCACCAACAAGCAGCUACAUUUAGACAGAGGGCGGAGUCAAACAUUUCACACACCCAUUGUGAGUGGCGCCACAGGGACCCAUCUUGAAGCGAACCAUCACGUGACACGGCAGAAUCGCCGCAAACUGAGACGUGACUUCCAGUACGGCACCUACACUUGUUACUAUGGUUAUCUGACACCGAGUCUGAACGUGGAUCCUCGUCUGGCAGCGUUUCACCCUGAAUGGUUCAGUGGAAAGAAAGUCCUGGACAUUGGAUGCAACGUGGGUCACAUGACUCUCGCCAUCGCUAAGAACUGGAGCCCCGCCCACAUCCUGGGCUUGGAUGUCGAUGGCGGUGUGGUUCAUGCGGCACGGCAGAACCUCCGCCACUUCCUGUCUGAGCUGCAGAAACGGGAAGUGAGACAAGAUGCUGACACAGAGGAGAAGCGCAGAGAAGUGGAGAGGUUGCGGACAUUCCCUCUUUCUUUCAGACUAUGUAGGGGGCCAAUUGCAGCUCCUCCCUUACUGCCUCCUGCCCCUGGGGUGUUCCCUAACAAUGUGUCCUUCAUGAAGGGGAACUAUGUUCCAGACAGCGAUGCAGUAGUGAUGUCGCAGUGUGCAGAGUAUGAUGUCAUCGUGUGUCUGAACGUCACAAGGUGGGUUCAGCUGAACUGGGGAGACGUGGGGCUUCAGCGCCUCUUUAGACGUGUUUAUGCUCACCUGAACCCCGGAGGAGUUUUCAUCGUCCAACCACAGCCAUGGAGCUCCUACAGCAAGAGAAAGAGACUGACGGAAACUACCCACAGGAACUACAACAGCAUUCGGCUCCGACCGGACCAGUUCAGCUCAUACCUCACCUCCGAGGUGGGAUUCACCAGCUACGAGCUCAUCAGCGCCACCAAGAGCUGCCCUAAAGGACUCCAGAGGCCAAUCUACCUGUUCUACAAAGGUCCCACCUCCAACAGGAAGUCCUCCACCAGGAGAGGAAGUGACAUACAGGAAGAGGAACGGGAGAUGGUGUGAAUGUUUACACUGCAGCGGCACUUUAAUUUAAAAUGCGAUCAGAUUCACAGGACUCUUCUGAAAGAAUCUCCUACACAGUCUCUAACACACACACACACACACACACACACACACACAGAGACUAAUAAUCUUUUAAUAAAAGUUGCUAAGUCUUGUUUCUAAUAACUCAUCACCUGUUUGUAUUGUACAUUUUAGGGAAGAGUGUGUGUAGCUUUAACAGUGUGUAAAAUAAGUUCAUAUAGCCAUUUUUUAUGUGUGUGUGUGUGAAAACCAGACAGCUGUAGAAAAGAAUGUAAUCGAUUUGAAUGUUUGCUGUAUAGAAUAAAUAACUGCGUCUUUGA